AUGAUAAGCCGAUAGUGGCACAUCGACAUCAAUAUGAUGUCAUUUUCUAAGAAGCUUUAGAUUCUUCGUCAUUUAAAAAGCGACGCGCCCUUUUCUAUUUAAAACAAAUAAACUGAUAAGUUGCGUCCGAAAGAUAAAUUGUCGAAUGUUUAAUUUCGUUUCGUUGAGGUAGCGGUGUCGUGCUUGCAUCACUCGAGUCGUGCGGUGCGACCGCUGUACACAAACAUUCCCUGUGCGGAACGAGCGCUCUUUGUUUUGAAUCAAGUUUCAAACAAGAUUUCUGACAUGUGAACACACAAAAUCACAAUGGGACUCUCGACGAACUGCUGGAAAUAUCUAGUCCUCAUCUUCAAUGUGUUAUUCGCAAUGUCAGCUGUUGUGCUGUUUGGGGCGAGCGGUUUUCUUAUUUACAAGUUGUUCAUAUACCGGCACUUUAUCGGAGUCAAUGUGGAAUAUCCAGCUAUACUCCUGCUGAUGAUGGCUAUCAUCACAUGCUCCAUUGCCUGGAUCGGCUGGAGAACUACGAAGUCAAUGCACCAGAUACAUGUCAUCAUUACGGGGAUCCUGAUCGUGUUGGUGGUGGCGAUAGAGUUCUCCUGCUUCGUGUGGGCUAUGGUGGUGUGGGACAACGUGGAGAUCGACAUCAAGUCCACCUUGUCUCACUACUUCGAACACACGCUGACCAAGACUGAUACUACAGACGUAGAUGUUAUACGGUGGGAUAGGAUACAAGUUAAGUUCGAAUGCUGUGGCGUCUCAGGUCCCAGCGACUACACGUCCAAAGGCCACGUGCCCUUCUCCUGCUGCGGCCAGGGUCCACUGGACUCCCUCCACAAACCUUACGCGGCAGACUGCUCAAUGCUGUACCAAAGAGGUUGCGGGAAACCGCUGCACGAUUAUGCGAGGCAGCAGGUGCUGAUGGUGGCCAUGACGGCUCUAGCAGCCUCUAUAUUGCAAAGUACCGGAAUUUUCUGCACGUUUUUCCUAGCUCAAUCGAUCAAGGAGAGACGUAGAGCAUCGAUCAGGAAUUCCACUUCCAUCAGAGAUGGAAACUUCGCGUCUCCUGACGAUUCCCUACUGGCAGCACCCACUGCUCCCGCCCCGACCUUACCUAAGUAUUAAUAGUGCCUAAAUUAAGAUUAAAAAAGAAUUUAGUAUGUUAGUAAGACCCGCCAAAAGUUCCACUACUAUGAAGUUCGUUAGUAUAAAGAAUGACAGUGACAGCGAUAAAGUGAAGCUAACUUCAGAUCAGUAAGCAUUUGACUUUUGAGUUGUUUUAUUUUGUC